AUGCCAAGAGUUCCAUCCAAUCCACCAAAAGAGUUUGAGAAAGUAAAGUCCUUUCUAGAAAGGAUUGAGACGGAAAUGCGAAAGGCUGAGAAUGCACCUCUUUCCCCCAAUCCUCCAGAGAACUACUGGCCCAUAUUCCAACUCCACCACCAGAGGUCUAGAUACAUAUAUAAUCUUAGGAAGAAAGGUGAAAUCAGUAAUGAGUUAUAUAGAUAUCUUUCCCUCAAUCGGUUUGUAGACCAUGAAUUGGUCUGUUACUGGGAGAAGGAAGGAUAUGAGAGUUUAUGCUGCCUCAGGUGCGUGCAGCCAGUUGACAGUAAACAUGGAAAUGUAUGCAUAUGCCGGGUGCCUCAGAGAAACAUCGAUGUUAAAAAAGCCAUAAAAUGCGAUAACUGUGGAUGUAGAGGGUGCUCUGGAUACUGA